AUGCCCAAGAAAUGUGGCCCCUCUCGCCAAAAGAAAAUAAAUACUUUACCUAAAAAUCGGGAAAAUAAUGAACCGGAGACGAAACCGGGGACGUGGCUUACACGGCGGCGUCUAAGAUCGAAAUGGCCGAGAGAAAUGUAUUCUCGCGAGAUCUCGCUUAGGGUGAAACUAUUUUCCGUCUACAGUCAUCCCAAAGCGGCCCUAGUGGAGAGAUUCAAUCGAACGUUGAAAGACAGAAUGUUUCGUUUGUUCACGCAACGCAAUACACACCGAUGGUUGGAGGCUCUGCCCGAUUUGCUGGCUGCUUACAAUGCAAGCGUUCACAGAGUAAUCGGUAUGAAACCCAAGGAUGUGAAGAUUAAACACGAAGAGUAUUUAUGGGACAAACUGUACGGAAAGGAAUUUCCGAAAAAAGCCAAUUUUCGUUUCCAAAUCGGGGACGUAGUUCGUAUCGCUCGAAUUCCCACCAGCCUGUUUGAGAAAGGAUCGACUGCCAAAUGGACAGAAGAGAAUUUUGUAGUCGCACAUCGCAGAGCGACAGAGCCACCCACCUAUAAGCUGCAUGACUUACAGCAAGAACUGAUCAAAGGCUCGUUUUAUGAACAUCAGAUGCAGAAAAUUGAGAUGCCAACGGAUGAGCAAACCUAUCACGUCGAUAUUUUAAAACGCCGGAAACGCAAGGGAAAGCUCCAAUUCUUCGUACACUACAGAGGCUGGCCGUCGAGUUUUGACGAAUUGGUGGACAAAGGACUAGUGACUUCCCUUACAUAA